AUGUUGUCAAGAAGUUUAAUUAGAUCAGUAAGAUCGCUUCCCAAACCAUCUGUAUCCCUUCUUGCAAUCAGAAACAACUCACAAGAUGUUCUUGCAAGAUAUAAAUCCAAACUCGAAACCAAAGCGAAACAACUCGGUGCCAAAGAUGUCGAUGAAUUAAAACAAAAACUAAAAGAUGAAAUCGAACAAGCCAAAAAGGAAUUCAACACCGUCGAUCCCUUAAAAGAACUCGAAGAAUAUGAAGCAAGACAAGCUGAAGAACUUGCCAAAGAUCUUCAAAAAUCCACGAUUAUAAAAGUAAGAUCCCCAAUCAAGAAAGAUACUCCAAAACUUCCAUAUAAAAUCUUGAAUGAUUUCAUUGAUGUAGAAAAGAUCAGGGAAUUACCAAAACGAGAAGUGGAAUAUAUUUGGAAAGCCAGAUUUCAAUCCAAAGAACGUUCAUUGAAUGCCAUUAUUGAUAAUGUCCAAUUUUCAAAAAUGUAUGUUAACGCAUUUAAAAAUCCAAGUUUUAUAUUACCAUUACCUAAGAAUGAUCAAGGUUAUGAAAUGCAUUUCGUACAAUGGGCAUUUGUAGGUCCUCAGACUGUGCAUUGUAUGUUGACCACGGUGGCGGAAUAUAAAUUACACAAGGAAUACGCGAAACCACAUACCACAUUAAUGUUUCACCAAGAUUUGGUGAGUGAAAAGCCUGGGGUGGUUUUGAUGAAUGGGGUAUGUGAGACUGAGAGUUCGUUGAGUAUCGAUGAGGCACAGUUGUUGGUGUUGAAUGUGCAGAGGUUUUAUGGAGGAUUGGGGAAUUCAGAAGUGAAAUUGAAGUUAUUGAAUGAUUUUACUCAGGGACAUGAAGGAUUCAGUACUGAGGAACUUAUUAAAGAAGCAACUACAUUUGAAUAG